GUUACGCUUGCGCAGUCGGUUUGACCUACACAGUCGCAGGAGAAAAUGGCAGCAUUUGGACUGGGGCAGGUGCGUCAGUUCAGCACGUCGGUGAUCCGACCAGCGGCAAAACUGAUCAAGCCUCCCAUCCAGGUCUAUGGAGUUGAGGGCCGCUAUGCUACUGCCCUAUUCUCUGCUGCCAGUAAGCAGAAGAGUCUGGACCAGGUGGAGCAGGAGCUGGGCAAAGUGGCUAGCUUGAUCAAAGACCCCAAGCUGUCUAGCAUCGUGAUGAACCCUAACGUUAAACGCAGCAUCAAACAGAAGACGUUUGGCGACGCCCUCACCAAGGCCAAGCUCUCUCCCAUCACCGUAAACCUCAUCAAUGUGCUGGCCGAAAACGGCCGCCUGUCACUGACCUCUGAUGUCAUCACCGCCUACAGCAAGAUGAUGAGUGCUCAUCGGGGAGAAGUCACCUGUUCAGUCACCACCGCUCAGCCCCUUGAUGAGGCUAAUUUGGCAGACCUGAAGGUAGCUCUGAAUGGUUUCCUUGCCAAGGGAGAGUCGAUCAAGCUGGAGACUAAGACCGAUCCUUCCAUCCUGGGUGGUAUGAUUGUCAGUAUCGGGGAUAAAUAUGUUGACAUGUCUACCAAGUCGAAGAUCCAGAAGCUUACCAAGCUGAUCAGGGAGACCUAAGUCCUGUGGACCGACCACGUCUGACUGGUGGAGCUUGGAGUAGAUGGAAAGGGGUGGCCAGAGACAACCACUGCCCCCACCUCCCCCCACAUUCAAGUAAUUAAAGAAUCCUGUACUUUUGUGUUCAUAAUAAAUAUUCUGUUCCAUUUA